AUGUCUUCCGACCAUUCCAGAGAUCCUUGUCCUAUCGUUAUUUUGAACGAUUUCGGUGGUGCCUUCUCUAUGGGUGUUAUUGGUGGUUCUAUCUGGCACGGGAUCAAGGGUUUCCGUAACUCGCCUUACGGUGAAAGACGUAUCGGUAUGCUUUCUGCCAUCAAGGCCAGAGCGCCAGUUGUCGGUGGUAACUUCGGUGUCUGGGGUGGUUUGUUCUCCACCUUUGACUGUUCCGUCAAGGCUGUCAGAAAGAGAGAGGAUCCUUGGAAUGCCAUCAUCGCUGGUUUCUUCACCGGUGGUGCCUUGGCCUUCAGAGGUGGGAAGAAGCAUACCUUGCAGUCUGCCAUCAUGUGUUCCAUCUUGUUGGGUGUCUUUGAGGGUGUUGGUUUAAUGUUCCAGAAGUACUCCGCCUGGCAGAAUAAGCCACAGGCUAUGGCUUACCCAGACCAGCCGCAACCAAUGGCCUAG